AUGGCCCCAAAGACUCAGAAGAAGGGCACAAAGCGACCAGCUCAGGAGCCCGCGGCGAGCGAGGCCAAGAAGCUGAAGGACAUGUUGCAAAAGAAGGGCGUGGCCAAGUCGGCGUACGAUGGUAUUGUUGCUGGCAUCCAGCACCCGUUGGCAGAGAACUUGACAGAUUCUGUCCGCCAGAUGCUGUUGGCAAUGCUUCCAGAGGGCCUUUGUGUUCCAGAAGAGCGGCACGAGGCCCAGGAGUCUUACGUUGGCAUGCUCUCCGAAGUCUUCGAGGGCAUCAUGGCCAAGCUACAGGAUGACGUGAAAUUUGCUUCGGCAGAAGUUGCCCGUGUUGAAGGAUCCAAGUCUGGCCUCGAAUCCAAAGUGAUGGAAUCUGAAGCAGCCUUGCAGGCUGCUGAAACCCGUGCUGCCGAGUGCAAGGUGAUGUUGGCCGACUCCACCAAAACAGUCCUGGCUUGCAAAGCAGCUCUCGGUGACAAGGAGAGGCUUCAGAAAGAAGGCGAUGCUGCCUUUGAGGCUGCCAAGGCCGAGAAAGCUGCUCUGGAAGAAGCACUCUCUCAAGACUUCCGCCUGCUUCGGGAUGGUGAGGUUGAAGGAGAAGUGGCUGGGACUCACUACAAGAAGCUGGAAGGGCUGGUAAGCAAUAUUGGCCUGGAAACCAGCUUGAUGACGGCGUUGCCCACUUGUAUGAUCAAGAAGCCGGCUGACCGCGGUUCCUUCGAUGCAAUGGUGGUUGCACAGCUUCAAGACAAGCUGUCCACACGGAUUUCGGAUCUGGCUGAGAUCAUCCAGUCAGGUCAGCCAAGUGCUGCUGCGCGCCAGGAGGCAGUCGACACAGCACGUCAGGAUCUGGAUGCUGCCAAGCAGGCGCAGCAAGAAGCAGCAGAAGGGCUGAAAGCUGCCACCGAUCUUCGACAAGAGUGCGAGAGCCAAAAGGCGACUGCAGCACUGAAUGUGGAGCAGCAUGAGCCUGAACUCAGCGCCGCAAAGAAGACCAUGGUCGAAAAAGAAAUGGAGCGGGAUGCUUUCCAAGGCUACAACUUUGCCUGCUUCAAGAAUCUCCAGAAGCGGCGAACAGACACGAAAACUACCCAGAUGUCUGCAGCACGCGAACAACUCGAGGUGGCAGCAGCUCUGGAGAUGGCUGAGGCAGGGGCUUGA